AUGGCAGUCAUUAGUCAGAGUUCUUUCCUAUUUAAUGAAGUGCUUCGUCGAAGUCUUGAUCCAGCUGACAAAUUUAUUGUUGAAGAAUUGCGGAAUAUUUUGGACAAAGUUAAGCUGAAGUCGACUGUGGUAAUAGAGAUGGUCAACUUUACUGUCACGUGACAGAAAAUGGUGCUAAUUUCAGUGUCGGAGAGCGGCAGUUGAUCCGCUGCGCUCUUUUGUUUGGAUGA